UGAGGGACAGUGUGAGGAUCGAACAGAAGAUGUUGAGGAGGUUCAGAGGAGUGGAUCAGAGAGGAGACUACCAGCAGCGUCAUGUAGAGGAGGACGAGAAGCAUCGAUGGAGGUGUUGGAGCUAGAGCUGGAAGCAGUGGAGUCCCAGAUUCGCUCCCUCGAGACGAAGCGAGCGCGGCUCCGGGAACAACGGGCUUUACUCGAUGUACCCUGUACUCGCUCUUCUGAGCCGCGUAAGGUGCUUGCCGGGGGUCCCGGGGCAGAACGUCUCCUCCUCUGGUGUUCGAGAUCCCCACGGAGAACCGUUUCGCCCCUCUCCGCAAGACGGGUCGCGAUGUGGCUAUCAUCGGUGACUCCAUCGUGCGCCACGUCCGCUCCGCUUCCUCCAAAGAUACCUACUAUCCUGAGCGCUACCAAGAGCCUCGGUGCCGUCGUCCUCCACGUGGUGAUAAACGACACCAGGCUCCGGCAGACGGAGAUCCUGAAGAAGGACUUCAGAAGCCUGAUCGAGACGGUUCGACUCACCUCGCCCGCCACGCAGAUCAUAGUUUCUGGACCGCUUCCUACCUACCGCAGGGGAAAUGAAAGGUUCAGUAGACUUUUUGCUCUGAAUGAAUGGCUAUUAACAUGGUGUAAAGAACAGAAAUUGCUCUUUGCCAAUAACUGGAAUCUUUUCUGGGAGCGUCCUAGGCUUUUCCGCGCUGACGGGCUGGACCCCAGUCAAGCUGGAGCUGAACUCCUGUCAGAAAACAUCUCCAGAAUAAUUCGCUCUAUCUGACUAGCCCUCAGACUAUGCAGAGUCACUGAUUUGAUCCAAAAUCAACGCCGAGAUGAUCCCAAGGUUUCCAUAUCCUGGACCAGGCCGUAUCCUGAGCAGCUACUGUGAUGGUCAUGGAGGAGUGGAGAACAUGAGACUGAUUCCUGUGAUGCUCCAGGGACAAGACAAGUCUUCGCUGAGGCCAGCUUCCAGACUCCGCCGCUGAGACUGCAGCUCUGCACAAGACGUUUGGUCAGAGGAGAAAUUAAAAUGGUCGUGCCCAACUGAGUCUGGUUUCUCUCAAGGUUUUUUUUUUUUUCUUCACUUCGCCAAUUAGUGAAGUUUAUUUCCCUCUCCGCUGUCGCCACUGGCUUGCAUGGUUUGGGAUCUGUAGAGCUGCGCAUCAAUGGAUUUGUUCUUCAGUGUUUGGACUCUCAGUAGUGAUUUUUAAACCACACUGAACUGAGCUAAACUGAACUGAACUUAAACACUAAAAACUGAACCAUACUGUUCCAAUUUAAAAUGACCUUUUAUGCGAAGCUGCU